AUGGCUGCCAUGGCAAAGAAACUUGAUUCUUUGACGGUGAAUUCAGUUCAAGAUGUGAAUGUGGUUCAAGGGGUCUCCAUCAUUUGUUGUGACUAUUGUAGUGGGAAUCUCCCUAAUGGAGAAUGUCUAAUUGCAUCUUCCUUAGCCCAAGCUAAACAUGCAAAUGCUGUUGGGGCGGACAACUUCAAUAGGUCAAGGAAUGAUCCAUAUUCAAACUGUUACAAUCCGAGCUACAAGAAUCAUUCCAACCUCUCUUGGAGCAACACACAAAACAUUCAGAAUCAACCAAAAAAAUUUGAAACCCAAGAGAAGAAGCGGGAUAUUGAUGAUAUACAACAUGCUGGUUUGCCAAGUCAAACAGAAGUUAAUCCGAAGGGGAAGGAGCAAUGCCUCAUUAUUACACUUAGAAAUGGUAAUGAUGUGAAGAUUGUAGUCGAUUUAGACGCUAAAAAGAUGCAUAAUUGCAAAAAACAGAAGUUGAGAGUGGACAGAGUCAAGUUCAAUCGGACCCUUACCCCAAUCGAUCGGGCUUCAUCAAAAGUUGAAAAAUUGGAGACAGGGGAGAAGUUUGAUAGAUCGAAACCUACCCUGGUCAAUCGGGCUUGUAUAGAGAAAGUUGCAGAAACUAGUAUAACACCACAGACUCGAUAUACAGUUGAGUUUGACUGGCUUGAUAGUUCAAAAUCAGCUCCUCUAGUAAAAGCAUAUGUACCUCUUAUUCCAUUCCCGCAGAGGUUGAAGAACAACAAGAAGGACACUCAAUUCUCUAAGUUCCUUGAGGUGUUUAAAGAGCUGCAAAUUAAUUUUCCCUUUGAGGAGGCACUUGAGCAUAUGCCGAGCUAUGCUAUGUUUAUGAAGGAGAUCUUAUCUAAGAAGCGCAAGGUGAAGGAUUAUGAAUGUGUGUAA